UCGAAGGAAGAGGUUCCGAGUUCAGAGUUCAGCGGAAGAGAGUCCUGAAAAUAAAAGUGAAACUUUAAAGCCACACACACAUUGCAUAUAACAUUCAAGUGUGUUUGUGUGUGUGUAUUGGUGGCCAUGUUUGCCAGUGUUUGUGAGCUGGCCAAGUGGAUUUCUAUUUCGAAAGCCAGCGUGUGAAGUGCAGUGCAGCCGAAAAUAAACUUUAAUUGUUGCAAAAAAAAAAUAAAUAGAAACGAACAAGACUUUAAGGAGCAUCGGAAAUUGUGGCCCCUGUAACCUUGUGAUCCUUGGGACAUGUGGAGCAGGCAGCGUAUGCGACACAAGCCGCUUUGGGCUUUAAUAUCCUUGACCGUUUUGCUGCUGGUCUUGGACAAAAGCAAUGCCAACACGGAGCCCGUCGAGACCACCACCACAUCCGAGCCAGAUGCCUCGCCAGGCUGCCGGGCCCCGGAUGUGCGCUUCACGAUUGUCAAGCCGGAAGCCACCACAGAGCAGCCGUUGGCCAAGUUUGAGACAACGCAGGUCUACCUGCCAGAGGAUUUCACCACGGCGGAUGUGGAGUUCAUCGAUUCGGUGCCACGUCAUCCCAGCGAGAAUCAUGCGGCCGUAAUCAAUCCAUAUUCCUUGGACCUGGGCGAUGACCAUCUGCAUGUGGGCGAUGCUGCAGCCAGUUUGGUGGGCGAUGAUGACCUGGGCGAUGAGGAUGAGGAGCUUCAUGAUGACACCAAUCCCGACAAGCGUCUGAAUAAUAACCGCAAGCAGGGCAAACGACGUCGCUCGGGUUCUGGACGCCGCCGGCGGAUUGAGAAUGAUAAUGGCCAAACUGGUAGAGGACGUGGCAGUCGGUACAAGCGCCAUGCCAUCCUCCAUGAUGCCGAAGCCUCGCCAGAUACGGAUCGCUGGGCGGGCAGCAAGCUUGCCGCCGAGGGUGAUGUCUACUAUGUCCAUAUAGCUGAUAUCCUGAAGAGCCGGGAACCCAAUCGUGAGCUAAAGUCCAAGCUGCACAAGCUUAAGAUGAAGGCCAGGAUGAACAAGUGUCUGAAGGAUGGGGACAAGGAGAAGUGCAUGAAGCUGUUGCAAAAGAAGCCCAAGAAGAAGGCUGCCAGGCAGGAGGAAGCUCUCAAAAAAGAGAAGAAGAUAACCAAGGAAGAGAAGAAGCUUUCAAAGGAAGAACAGAAGCUGUCGAAGGAAGUACAUCCCCUGAAGGAAGUUCCAGAGGAGGAGGUAGAUCAACACCAGGAGUCCGGACAUCACCGUCGACGCGGCGACAGUCACGCUGCAGAGCUCGACCAGCGUGACUUGAGUCCGCGUUGGCGGCAACGACGCAGCACCGAGUCCAAGGGCGAUCUCGGCCAGCUGCCGGAGAUGGGACCACAGCUCCCCUCCGAGGAGGAGCUGCUCCAGCAAUACGGAAAUCAGUCGAGCAGUGCACGAGUGGCCCUGUUGUGGCAACGUGUUAAGCGCAAGUCGGGCAAGACCACGGGUGCACUGAGCCGUCCGAAGGGUGGUGGCGACUCUAGCUCCAAGACCACCAGUCGCAAGGAUAAGGGUAUCUAUGACGAGGACUCUGGCUACACGCCCAUUCAUCCCGAUGACGCCGAGUUCGAUGAGGACGAGGAGGAGGACGAGGAGGUGGACAUCCUGCAGCAGUUCACCGAAGUCUCCGAGAUCCGUUUCCCGGGCGAAAUAGGACCCAUGGGCGAUCGACGACUUUGCAAGAUCCGUUGUGUCAAGGGCAAGUGGGUGGGUCCGCUUUGUGCCACCAACGAGGAGGACGAUAAUGGGAACGUGAAGUUCCAGCCGCUGUACAAAAGCUGCCACGUAAACCGGAUACCGACGCACCUGCUGCUCAGCUACCGCAACAUUUCAGUGACACCGAUCCCACCAAAUCGCGGCUGGCGUAAAACGCGUUUAUCCAAAUCGACACUUCUCUCAAAUACAGAAAUUAAUGUGGGCUGGGAUCUACCGCAUGGACACUCUCUGCAGGCUCGCUGCCAGGAGCUGGGCAUUUACAAGCUUCUGGGGGAAUCACGGGUUCUGUGCUCCAAUGGUCUCUGGGCUCCCCGGAUGCCCAGCUGUGUGCCCACCACUGUUUUGACCAAUUAUUCCGAGGACAGUGCUCCUUCCAUACGCAUCAAGAUCUUCAAUGGCUCGCACUCCUUUGAGCCCUCGGGUGUGAUGGCUGUUCCCCCUCACAGCACUGUGCUCAUGGACUGCAUGUAUCCUCGAGUAAGAGGCACCCCCGAGUGGAGCUGGACCAGCUGGUAUAUGCAGUACUCUACAGGAUGGUCCCCCGCCCAAGAGGAGAAGGCCGUUCGCUAUCGUCUGAGCAUUAAGAAUAUUGAGAAUAAUGAUUCCGGCACCUUUACCUGCACUUCACCAAGAGGUCUGACCAACAGCAUUGCCGUUGUGGUGGCCACUUCGACGUGUCCGCAGCUAACAGAGCCGCUGGCGCCGCUCAAGCUGCGCCUCGAGGGCAACAAGCUGGGCCAGCGGGCGCACUACGAGUGUCCCGAGGGCUUUCGGCUAGACGGCGCCUGGAAUGCCACCUGCCUGGCCUCCGGCAAUUGGUCAUCGCCGACGCCGACCUGCCAUGCCAUCCAGUGUCCGCGUUUGGAGCUGGAUGAUCCGCACCUAAGCCUGAUCGAGCUGAAUACGUCGGCAUGGGGGCGGGCGGUGUUCAAAUGCCAGUGGGGCUUUAAGCUGACCGGACCGGCGCAGCUGGACUGUGAGCCGUCGGGCGUCUGGAGUGGCCCCGUUCCACGUUGCAAAGUCAUCCAGUGCGUGAUGCCAGUGGCGCCGCUUAAUGGCCGGAUUGGUGGAACCAGCCUCAGCCAAAGGCGACUCACCGUCGGCGCCCUGGUCACGUUCAGCUGCAACGACGGUCACAGCCUGGUGGGGGAGUCGAGCAUCAUCUGCACGGAGAAUGGACAGUGGUCGCAUUCGCCGCCAUUUUGCAAAUCGCAGUGCCCGUAUCCGGGUGACCCGGCCAACGGCCUGAUAGCGCCGCUCAAGUUUAACUACGACGCCGGAGACUACCUGAGCGUCCAGUGUCGGCCCGGAUUUGUCCAGAGUUACGAGGGUCCGCCCGAGCGGCCCAAAUGCCAGCCGGAUGGCCGGUGGUCUGGUCCGCUGCCCAAGUGCAAGAGCUACGAGGAGGUGUAACCUCCAGAUAUCUAAAACGAAACCGAAAGUCAGAGGAAGCAGCCCAAAAGGAUUCGCCGGAUCAUCGCCAGGCAGUAACUCCAAAGAAAAAUACAGAACGAAACCGAGUGAUAUUUAGAUUAACUUAGUGAGAGGUAUCAAAAUUAAUAGAUAUUUUAUCAGGUUAGGUUCAAUUCAAGUCGAUAUCUUUUAGAAUCUCUCCUCUGCAGCUUUUGAAAAAACUAUGUAUGUAAUCUAUAAACAGAUCCAGUUCAAGAUCAGGCACACCCCCACACACCCCCCACACUCUACACACACAAGAAAUUUGUUCUUUGCGCUUGCAUUUCCAUCUUGUACUAAAUCUACUAAUCAAAGAAUUAUAUAACCAACAGCUAGUACAGGUAUUUAUGUAUUACGUAUAUUCUGGUUGCAACUCCAAGUUACAUAAAUGUAAAUGUUUAAAACGAAAAACGAACAAAUACAACUUACCCACAGUGCGAAAAUACAAAGAUUAACGAUUCUCUAUUCCACCAUAACGAAUGUAUUACACUGAGAGGCAGGAAGGUAGGUUGCAGCGGCACUUGUUGGAUGAGUUAAUUAGUUAGGAGCUAAGCAGGGACAGGAGCUAAGCAGGGGCAGUCAUAUCCUUUAAUUAUUCCGUGUAGACCACAGAGAAAGAGAGAGAGAGGAGCAUAGGUAGGUGCGUGUAAUGUGAGCAGCUGCAAUCUUUUUUGUGUAAAGAAAAGACCGUUUUAAAAUAAAAAUACGAAUAUUGUGUAAA